AUGGGGUGCGGCACCGUCCCGUCGAAGGGCAUCCCAUACUGGUACGUCGUCGUGGCGGCGGGCGAUGGUAGAGGCGGUGGAGGCGGUGGUGGAGGCGGCACCGGCGACAGCUGCGGCUACGGCGCAUAUGAUCCGGCGAGGAAGGACCGGAUGCCCGCCACCGCCUGCCCUAGGUCCAUGAUUGCCGCGGUCAUCUGCUCUAGAGUGAAGACGAUCGGGGCGGUCGCCGAUGGGGCGGUUAGCACCCCCGAGGUCGCGUGCGCACCUGGCAGUGGUGCGCCCGUCGAGGGAGGUGGUGGGGCGCCGGUCGUCUGGGGAAGCGUCAUGGCCGGCGAUGGUGGCGGCGGUUGA